AUAUGUUCACGGAAGAAGAGUUGAAAGACAUUGAGGGAUUGAAAAGAGGGUCGGACUUCAUUGAGGUUAAGUGUGGAUGUACCAGCAGAAAAUAUGGUGAUACCAUUGGGAAGCUUAGGGUUUUCACCAAUGGUCAAUUUCUGAUAUCUUGCGAAUGCACUCCAUCUUGUGAGGAAGAGAAAUUGACACCUUAUGAUUUCGAAAAACAUUCUGGGAAAGAAGGAACUAGGAAAUGGAAGAACCAUAUUUGGGUGGUCAUGAAAAAUAAGAAGGUUCCUUUAUGGAGGACUGUUCUUCUGAAAUACUACAAACAUGCAUCAAAUGGAGCCAAUGAGCUAACAAGCACGCUAGCCAAGCGCCUUUUCCAUCGUGACGAGUUUGUCCGUUGCUCGAGGUGCAAGAAAGAACGUCGGUUUCGACUCCGGACCGACGAGGACUGCCGGAGGUACCAUGAUGCUGCCAAGGCAAGAAAGUGGAAGUGUGCUAACUGGCCAUAUGACAAAAUCACCUGCAAAGUUGAUGAAGAACGAGCAAGCAGGAAGAGUUGCAGAGGCUGCCCUCGAUCUCCAUCGUGCAAAGGCUGCACUACUUGUGUGUGUUUCGGGUGCUUCAAGUGCCGAUUUCUCGAUUGCAAGUGUCGCACUUGCGUCGAUUUCGUCCAAAAUGCCGAGCCUUGAGCUGUAACAAGGCAUCCAACAUCGGCCCUUUCUAAGUUUCGAUGUUCUGACUAUCAUUUCCCAACUGGAAAACUGUUCCAAUGGUUUUUAUAGGAUUGCUAUGAUUUUGUUAUGUUUGGUUUGUUUUAGAAUAAUUUCUUAGCUGAAAACUGGAGACUAAGGUUGGAACUUUCAGUCCAACACAACUUUAUAAACAGUUUAAAAUGAACCAGUUUCUUUUAUUA